GGGGGGCAAUGAAAAUUUUCCUCUCGCCAUAGCAAGGGCAACGCUAUUCCGUCUGGCGUGUUUUGAUUCAACAUUUCCAUUCUAUUUUGCGUGAAAAGUUGUGAAAAAGUGUUUCUUUCCAUUUGGCUUUCUGUUCCGCUGACUGGAACGGUGUUUGUGCAAUGGUGACGAUUCAGUAACCCUCGCGAAACGUACACACACACACCAGACACAGCAGCAGCAACAACAACAACAGCAGCAGCACACAAUACACAGCAGUGCGUAGACGGGGUGCGACGGUGCGAUGUCGCUCUUUCGCAAGCCCAAAAAGCCCAUCCAGCGGCGCGUUUUCAGCGGCUACGAUGAUGAGGACGAGGAAAACCACGGCUCGUCGGCGAAGGAUUCGGGCCACCCUAACGGUGCCGGCAACGGGACACAGAACGGUAGCAGCGUCGACCGGUCCACACCGAUGGACGUUGACCCCGUGCCGGAAGGUCCGGCGGUAGCGACGGCAUCGGUCGCACCGUCCUCCUCCUCAUCCAAGCGAAAAGAGCACCGUGCUGCGGCGGACUCUGGCUCGAAGGGCUCGUCGUUGAAAGCGAACCCGAGCACCAAACCCUCUUUGCUUAGUUUCGACGACGAAGAGGAGGGCGGCGAAGUUUUCCAAGUGAAAAAGUCCUCCCACAGCAAGAAGGUGAUGAAAACGCUCGACAAGGAACGGCGCCGGAAGCGGCACAUGGAAAAGGGCAACGGCAGCGGACCGGCCGGACCGGCGCCAGGAUCAGCGUCCGGUGGAGCGGGUGCAGUGGACCAGGCCAAACCAACGAGCGCACCGCACCGAAAGCCUUCAUCGUCGGCAUCGAGCGUGGCGGGCUCGUCGGCUCACGGUGGUACCGCCGACAGUAAUGAUAAGAUAAAAAGAGAAAAGUGUGAAAAUUCUAGCUCUAAUAUCCAAACAGAAAUACGCACAGACGACUUUGUGCUGGUGGUCAAGAAAUCGGACCCUGAGAAUAUGAUCCUGAACGGGCGGGCGGCACUGUGCGCCGGGCGGAACGAUAUGUCGUCGGAGGAUGACGGGAACGAGGAGGACGAAACGGAUGGACGGAUGCAGCAGCAGCACCAGCAUCAUCAUCAUCGGUUUGCGAAGCCGCAGGACAACUUUAAGAUGUGUCUGGAAAACGGUGUCAUACCGGACGCGGCCAUGAUUCAUGCCGCACGCAAGCGACGACAGAAAGCGCGUGAACAAGGCGAAUUCAUUCCGGUCGAGGAGCCGAAGGAGGACAAGACCAAAAAGCGAACCGUGCAAGAGGACGGCGAUGGCGAUGGGUCCGAUGAGGAUGACGACCGUAUCGACAUGUCGGCCAUAACCGGUGCCAAAGAGCGCGAGGAGCGGUGGGAACAGUUUUACGCCGUUCAGCGUGAAGAUUCCGAUGCGGAAGAUUCCGACGUGGAAACGAAGGAAUGGGAAAAUCAGCAAAUACGCAAAGGCGUCACCGGUGCACAGCUCGUAUCGGCACAGCAAGAAUCCGUCAUAUCGCAGUACUUAAUCGGCGGCAGCUUUAGCCAAACGUUCCAGAACAAAUCCACCCUACUGCUGGACGAUCAGCGGGCGGGUGACGAUGGAACUGGCGAGUUCCGGGCACUGUCAACGGCUGCCCUGCUCGAGAAAGCGUACGCAGCGUCGAGCGGCAUCCGAUUGGCCGGUACCGGCGCUGGCAGCAAGCGUACCACGAAUGCGUCCAGCAAUGCCGGCAGCAAAUCUUCCGACACGAAACCGACCGGUCCGCGGAUGCCGCAGCAAAUCCUGGCACAGCUAACCGAACGGCACCGUACGACGGCCGAAUUGAACCGAAAGCACGACGAAGACAUCGAACACAUCACGCAGGAGGUGAAGCUGCUGCAGAUGGAUUAUCGGGCGUGCGAGCAGCGGGCACCGGUUGCGGCGGCCAAGUACCGGUUCUAUCAGGAGUUCCGUUGCUACGUGUCCGAUCUGGUCGAGUGUCUGAACGAGAAGGUACCGCUGGUGGCGGCACUCGAGCAGCGGGCGCUCGCCCUGAUGGGGAAACAUUCCGGCAUGCUGAUCGAGCGACGCCGGCAGGAUAUGCGCGACCAGGUGAAGGAGGUCACGGACGCAAACAAAAUGGUUAAACGGGCCGGUCCAGAGGAUCAGGAGCGUGUGCGAAGGGCGGCCGAGCGGGAGGGUCGCCGAACGCGGCGGCGGCGCGAUCGCGAAAAGAACGAAACGGCCGAAAGCCACUUCGACGGCAUGUCGAGCGACGACGAAAUUCCCGACAUGGACGCAGCGCGCUACCGGUCCGCCCUGCAGGCGAUCGAGCUGGAGGCGCGCGACAUCUUUGCCGACGCGGCCGAAGAGUACGGCGAGGUCGGCGGCAUACUGGAGCGGUUCGAGCAGUGGCGCGAGCACGACCUGCCCGCGUACAGCGACGCGUACGUGAGCCUCUGCCUGCCCAAGAUUCUCGGCCCGCUGAUCCGCCUCGAGCACGUGUGCUGGAACCCGCUGACGAUGGAUGCGCUGGUCGAGCUGGAGAACGAAAAGUGGUACCGCACGGCCGCCCAGUACGGCUGCUCGGCCACGACGGAGGCGGCACUCGCGGCCGAUCCGGACGUACGACUCAUACCGACGCUGGUGGAGAAAAUAUUCCUGCCCAAGCUGACCGCGCUGGUUGAGCAGUACUGGGAUCCGCUGUCGACGACGCAAACCUUCCGGCUGGUGCGGCUGCUGAAGCGGUUCGUGCGGGACUACCCAUCGCUCCGGAGCGGCUGCCGGCCGCUCCGGGUGCUCUUCCAGGCGAUCCUCGACAAGCUGAAACAGUCGAUCGACAAUGAUGUGUUUAUUCCAAUCUUUCCGAAGCAAGCGCAGGAAGCGAGGUCGUCCUUCUUUCAGCGCCAGUUCUGCAGCGGCCUGAAGCUGCUGCGCAACAUCACCAGCUGGCAAGGGAUUCUAGCCGAUGCGGCACUGAAAGAUCUCGCGAUCGGUUCGCUGCUGAAUCGCUACCUGCUGAACGGGAUGCGCGUCUGCUCGCCGGUGGACGCGGUCGGCAAAGCGUCCACGAUCGUGUACACCCUGCCGCGCGUCUGGCUCAAUCCGGGCGCAUCGGUGGUGCAGGGCAUGGAUCAGUUCGUCACCAUGCUGCGCCAUCUGCAAUCUCAGCUCGAUCCUGCCCUUCCUCCGAAUGGCGAACUUGCCGAACAGAUACGCAAAAUUCUAACAAGCUUGCACGUGGCGGCAACGUAGUGCUCGUUUGCCGGUGGGCAGCUGAAGCCAACGCGAAGCGAAGUGGUGCUUCACAACAAACACUUGCAUCCCGUUUGGAAAGCCGUUUUUUCUGAUCACUGUUUCUAGCAAUACGCGGAUGAAUGAAGAAAGCAAAUAAAGUGCUCCCGAUCGUUUUAAAAU